AUGGAGUGGAAAAAAGACAACCGGACAUACAAGAUCCUCGAGGAUGCUGAGAAGGGCGGAUAUGGCGUCGUCGCACCCAUAGCAUACAACAUCGAGUGCAUCCUCGCCUUCAUCCGCGCCGCCGAGGCCAAGCGGGCGCCCCUCAUCAUACAAGUCUUCCCCUGGGCCAUCACCUACAGCGAUGGCCUGCUGGUGCACGCGGCGGCGAAGGCGGUGCGAGACGCCUCAGUGCCCGUGGCCAUCCACCUGGACCACGCGCAGGACGCCGACCUGAUCCGCCGCGCCGCUUCCACCUUGCCCUUCGACUCCAUCAUGGUCGACAUGAGCCACUACGAGAUGGAGGAGAACCUCGCCAAGACCAAGGAGCUCGUCGGCUUCUGCAACGCCCACCAGAUCUGCACCGAGGCCGAGCCGGGCCGCAUCGAGGGCGGCGAGGACGGCAUCGCCGACACGGCCGACCUCGAGGGCGCCCUCACGACGCCCGAGCAGGUCGACGACUUUGUCGCCACGGGCAUCGACUUCCUUGCGCCCGCCUUCGGCAACGUGCACGGCGAGUAUGGCCGGCGGGGGCCUGUUCUCGAGUACGACCGACUGGCCUCGAUCCGAUCCAAGCUUUCCGCGUCGGCGUCGGCGUCUGGCGAUGUGCGAAUUGUGCUGCACGGGACCAACGACUUCCCGGAGGAUGUCAUGAAGAAGUGCAUCCAGGGCGGGUGCAGCAAGAUCAACGUCAACAAGCUGGUGCUGGACGACUACCUCGCCUACAUCAAGACGCAGGCGGCGACGGCGAGCCUCACGACGCUGAUGGAGGACGGCACCAAUGCGAUACAGAAGCUGAUGGAGUGGCAGAUGGAUGUUACUGGGUCGGCGGGGAAGGCUUGA